AGAAUGCUAUGGCACACAACUCUACUGGUUUAUUGGACGGAAGCCAACAAUAAUCAAUGGGAGUGUCGUGUAGCUACGGUAUCGGUACAGGGAAUGGAAAGGGAGUCUUCAGAAUGGCGGACAAAAUGAGGAAAUACAAUGACCGCACAAGUUUGGCAAGUAUGGUCCCUAAUGUUGUGGAUUCCAAGUUGAUCACUAAAACAAUACGAAUCUUUCUAAGUUCCACAUUCACCGAUACAACGAUAGAUCGCAAUGUCUUAAUGGAAGAAGUAUUUGAACCCAUACGUGUUAUGUGUCGACAGCAUGGUGUGGCGUUUGAAAUAGUGGAUCUGCGCUGGGGAGUGAGGCGUGAAUCAGUCACUGACCAUCGUACACUGAAUAUCUGCUUGGAAGAGGUUAAACGUUGCCAGGAAACAUCACUUGGGAUAGCCUUCAUCGCCAUACUUGGAGACAAGUAUGGAUGGAGGCCACUUCCGCCCACAAUUCCCAGCAAUGACUUCCUAAAAUUUCAAGAACACCUGGACGACAGCGGUCGUGCCUUGUUGAAUAAAUGGUACCUUCAUGACGACAACGCUGUACCAGCGUCCUAUACUCUCCAGCCAAUCAACAAAGAAUUUGAUGUCCAGUCGCCGAAUGCAGAAACACACGAAAAAGCAAUGGAAGAAUGGACAAAGGUUGAGCAAAAGAUCCGAUCGUUUUUAUACAGUGCAAUUGAAAAAGCCGACCUGAGCGACAACAAAAGACGCCACUAUUUAGGAUCAGUGACAGAACGUGAAGUGGAGGUCGGCAUCAUAGAGCUAGAGCACGAUGAAGCUACUAAAACGACAAUGGCAAUAGACCGCCGAUUUGAAAAUAUCGAUGUCAAAUCAGAGAAUGCAAAACUGUACAUAAACUUUCAGGGCAACGAAGCAGAUGAAGAUAGUAGAAAACAUCUGAAGAAACUAAAAGAUGAGGAGUUGUCACCUAAAUUGGGACCAGAUAGAUUUUUUCCAUUUCAUAAUUUGAAAUGGGACAAUGAAGGCAUCAGUAUGGAUAUUCAUGGAGAUUAUAUAAAAGAAAUGUGUGAGAAAGUAAAAUCUCUCCUAGAAACUAAUGUUAGACGUGUCCUGAGCCAGAUUGGACCAAUUGAUAAACUGGAGGAAGAAAUAACUCGACAUGCACUCUUCUGUAGGGAACAUACCAUUAACUUUGUAGGGAGGGCAAGCAUACUUUCCAAAAUUCAUAAACACAUUGAUGGUGAAGAUCCCAUGAUGCCAUUGGUAAUUUAUGGAGAAUCUGGUGUUGGUAAAACCGCGCUGGUAUCCAAAGUUGUACGAGAUGUACAAAACCGAUACCUUGGAUCAGAUCUUGCUAUUAUCUACCGUUUCUGUGGUACCUCUGCGGAUUCAUCUUCUGGUCGUGGAUUGAUGCUCAGUCUGUGCCGACAGAUUGCACGUAUCUAUGGGGCCAAUGAAGAGUCCAUUCCACAAACAUACUCUGAGCUGAUCGAAGAAUUCAUAAAACUUCUAAACAAAGCAAAUGCAGAUGUCCCUUUGUUCAUUCUCAUUGAUUCUUUGGACCAGCUGUCUGAUGAGAAUAGUGCAAGACAGUUCUUGGAAUGGCUACCAAGAACAAUUCCGAAUUAUGUUCGCCUCAUUGUUAGUACAUUGCCAGAUGUCGGUGGAUGUCUGGAUAGGCUGAAGACAUUUGGACUACCAACAUCCCAUUUCAUACAGAUUAACAGACUUGAUAAAGAUGAUGGUCCUGCAAUUCUGGAUGGCAAAUUAAAGAAUAUUGGCAGAACUUUGACACCCAAACAGCGGAACGUCAUCCUAACUGCCUUCAAGAAUUGUUCAUUGCCGCUCUACUUAGAAUUGGCGUUCCAACAAUGUCGUGAUUGGGCAUCCUAUAAGUAA